AUGGAGAUCAGGACGGAACUUUACCGUGACUGUGCAGAAGAAUUCGAACCACAGGCUGUUAUCUGUUUUGGUACCAGAUCCGACCUGAAGCCUUUAGCUGAUCUGUUGUCUUCAUUAUCAGGACAGAACUUUACCGUGACUCUACAGAAGAACCUGAACCACUGGGUGUCAUCUACACCGGGUUACUUUACGGUAGGAGUUGCAUCUUCAGCCUUUGAGAAUUACAAGGAAUUGGCCAGAAUUCCUGAUAACGGGGAAGCGGCUCUUACGCUGUAUACCGCUAAUGUCAACAUCCCAAUGUCAAUGCAGGGACAAGCUAUUAUUCAGGCUCAGUACGUCACCAAGAACCCGAAUGCGCCCGCCAUCUUUUACCAGUGCUCUGACGUGAACAUCAACUAACCAUGACGUCAUGGGUCACAUGUUACA